AAUCUGGGACAAAUAUUGAUAUCCUGGUGUUUUUCUGCACGAUAUUUAAACGUUAGUUUUUGUUUAAACGGGAACAAUUAAGGUGUAACACCAACAGAACUUGAGCUGUUUACAAGUGAUCACAGUCUACAACCAAGCACGUUUAAUGGAGCUGCAACAGAAAACAGCCGUGCCGAUGUUUACAGACGUAAACAGGGACGAGUUUCUGCAGCGGAUCUAUCCACAGCGCAGACCAGCUGUGCUGAGAGGCGUCCCCCUCGGACCAUGUCUAGACAAAUGGACGGUGGAAUAUCUGAGGGAAAGAGACGCGGAGGUGAAGGUUCACGUGUCCGCGGUGCCACAGAUGGAUUUCCUUCACAAAAACUUCGUGUACAAGACUUUACCCUUUAAUGAAUUUGUGAAAAGAGCAUCAGAGAAACAACACUCUGACUUCUUCCUGUGUGAAGAUGAGAGCUACUAUCUGCGGUCACUUGGAGGAGAUUUCCGUAAGGAACCUGCUGAUCUGAGCAAACAGUUCCCAGACUUGGCAGAGGACUUUCACAUCCCACAGUUCUUCGAACCUGAUCAAUUUUUCUCCAGCAUCUUCCGCAUCAGCUCCUGUGGUCUGCAGCUGUGGACCCACUACGAUGUGAUGGACAACCUGCUCGCUCAGGUGACGGGGAGGAAGAGAGUGGUUCUGUACAGCCCCCAGGAUGCGCUGCACCUCUACUUGGCAGGGGAUAAGUCAGAGGUUCUGGACAUCGAUGCUCCAGAUUUGAAACGGUUUCCUGCGUUUGUGAAGGCGACAAGACACGAGUGUGUACUUGAGCCUGGAGAUCUACUUUUCAUCCCUGCUUUGUGGUUCCACAAUACUCUGGCACUGGAGUUCGGCGUGGGCGUUAACGUGUUCUGGCGCCAUCUACCAGUGAACAGCUAUGACAGAAAGGAUCCCUACGGCAACAAAGACCCAGUGGCGGCAGCUCGAGCCCUUCAGGCCCUGGACAAGGCUCUGAAGACCCUGGAUGAGCUUCCAGCAGAUUAUCAGGACUUUUAUGGUCGACGUAUGAUCCAGCUCAUACAGAAGCGGACAUUGUGUAGUGCUAAUAGGCAGGACUGUGAUACUACAUUACCCAGCAGUCAGUUCACUAAACUACAAACAUGAAGGGUUCAAGGGUUGGAAGAAAAGUCUUUAGACUCUUCUGUCACGUUUAUCAUUUGUUUCGUUUAAACAGAUGAUUGAGAUGUGAUGGAUUUAUGACAUUGUACUUUUACAAUGUCAAACACUGGUUCUCACUAUAGUAUUUCUAAAAAAUUGUAUUUCUGAAAAAACCCCAUAAACAAAUUGUUGUUUCCAAAAUUUAUUGGCUCUCUGAAACUUUUUCAGAUUGUACAAAAAAUUGUACAAAAUUGGGAAAGUGCUUUAAUAUUCAGUUUUGGUUUCUGUAACUCAUUUCAACUGCAUCAAGAAAAGAGAAACGCUGUGAGGCUGAGCUGAGCUUUAGGUCCAAUGUUAGAGAGCUUUCAUUUUCACCCUCAGUGUAAGAUCCAGCCUUGACCCAGAUUAGAAACUAAAACACAAAGAAUUAAAUCUUUCAAGCCAUGUCAAAGCAAAGGUUAAAUAAGUUGGAUUGUGUGAUUUCAACCAGUGUCAAUGAGUUGUGUAGUUGGCAAGGUCCAUGUUACACUGUACAGCACGGUAGAACAGACAUUUCAUAAAAGAAAUGGAGUCUCUGCUAUUCACGUGUAUGUUUUAAGAUGGAUUGUGGUUGAAGUAUUUACUAAAUAGUAAAAAAAAAAAAAAAAAAAAAAAAAA